AAGGUAUCUCAACGAGACAGCAUCAAUUCCAUAAAAAUCAAAUUUGAAACCAUCAGCUAGAAUAAAUUUUGAAAAGUAAAGGGGCGUUUGGGAUAAUUUAAAAGAAAUGGGUAGUUGAGAAAAUAUUAAAAAUAUAAGUUGAGACGAAGGGAGACAGAAAAAAGAUAGUCAAAAUUGUGGCCGGUAAUCUACACUUGCAAGUUCCUGAUUGAAGGUACAAGGCUCACGUGUCCUCAACGUCCGAUUUUCUUCUUUUAAUCGGCCCGAGACGACGCCAAUACUCAACACCCACCAUUGAUGCUACGUAUGAGAUUAUUAAUGUAAUAGCUUUUACUUUCCCUCUUAACAUUUCUGAAUCAAAGCAAAUCAAACUCCUGAUCAAAUCAUUUCAACAUCAUUCCAUUUUUGACAAAUCUCCACUUUCUUUUCUUCCAUUUCAUCUCUUUCCUUUUCUUUUUCAAUCUUUAGACUGCUUAUAAAUAUAAUUCACUGGAGAAGAAGAAGAAGAAGAAUCUUUGAUUGUCACUUUAAUUUGUUUGAGGAAUUCAAGGCUACAAGCUUGGACUUGUAGCCAUAAAGCAAAGUGCUUGCCCCCAUCUUUCAAAUCUUUCGUUGCUUGAUGGGUCACCACCAUCUAACUCUCCCAUAAAUCCUCCACCCUCUGCCACCCUCGCCAUGUUUCUUUCUUCACUUUCAGAGCCCACCUUUUGCCGGUUUUCAAAAUUUUAAGUGAUUAAGAUUUUGCUGCAAGAGUUUUUCUUUAAUAUCAGUUUUCAAUUUUCUGUUUUGCUGUUAUCGCAAUGUCAUGGAAAACCCGCAACUCGGAGACGAAGAGUAGAGGUAAAAGUAAGAUCAGGAAGCGGGGUUGUUCAUCGUCUUCAGCGUCCUCAUUGGUUCAGAAGUACAGAUUUAAACGGGCAAUUCUUGUGGGAAAGAGAGGGGGUUCGAGCACGCCGGUUCCCUCAUGGAAGACCAGCGUAAAGUUUCCAUCUUUAGCAAUGACGACUGCGGAGCAACAACCCAAUAGCGGUAUGGCUUCUCAGGGAGGAGGUAGAGGCAAGGAAAUGGCGGUUUCAGCAAGAAAACUUGCGGCCACUUUGUGGGAAAUUAACAAAAUCCCUUCACCUAAAGGGAAUAAAGAGAUUGAGAAACACGAUUUGAGAAAUAAAGAGAGACUUUUGAGAGGUUCACAGUCUGGUGCUUUGCCUCCACCCUCGUCAGAUCCAUCCUAUAGUCCAAUUUCAGAGGGGAUGGAUCGAUCCAGGGGGAAUGCCCGUCGGAGAAGAACUUCAGUAAUUUCUCAGAAGCUUCAAGUUGCUGAUCAUGACUUGGGUAGGACAUUGGACUCUCUGAACAGUGCCAGUGUUAUGGAGAAUAAAAUGCAGAUAGAGGCUUACUCACGAGGCAAGAGUCAUGCUGGAUCUAUAAUUGGAAUUAAAAACCGUUUGAAGGAUGUUAAUGAUGGCCUAGAUGCAUCAAAAGAGCUUUUGAAAGUUCUGAAUCGUGUUAGGGGUCUUGAAGAAGAGAAUUCUCUGAGCAUAUCUCUUGUCUCAGCUGUACGGGCUGAACUUGAUCGGGCUCGUGCUCAAGUUGAUCAUUUGAUCAAAGAGCAGUGGUUUAAUCACACUGAAGUUGAGUGCUUAAUGAAGCAUUUUGCAGAAGAAAAGGCAGCUUGGAAAAGGAAGGAACGAGACAGGAUUCGCAAUGCCAUAGCUUGCAUUGCAGAAGAGCUUCAGGUAGAGAAUAAGCUUAGGAGACAAACAGAGAGAUUAAACAAGAAACUUGGAAAAGAAUUAGCAGAGACAAAAGCAUUGCUGUCAAAUGCAAUGAAAGAGCUAGAGAGUGAGAAGAGGGCGAAAGAGAUAUUGGAACAAGUUUACGAUGAGUUAGCAAGAGGCAUUGGAGAAGACAGAGCUGAGGUUGAAGAACUAAAGAGAGAGUCAGUUAAAGCUCGAGAAGAGGUUGAAAAGGAGAGGGAGAUGCUUCAACUCGCUGAUGUUCUGCGUGAGGAGAGAGUCCAGAUGAAACUCUCAGAAGCUAAGUACCAUUUUGAGGAGAAAAAUGCAGCUGUGGAAAGGCUAAGAAAUGAGCUUGAGGCUUACUUGAGAACCAAAAAAGGAGAAGAAAAUGGAGAAAUGUCUCCGAAUUUCAAGAGAAUCAAGGGUCUUGAAGCUUAUUUGAAGAAAAUUCAGUUUGGUUCUUGUGAAAAUACAGAGAUAAAGGGGUAUGAAGGAGAAGUGGACGAUGGAAAUGAGGACGAGGAAGAUGACUCAGCUGAUAGUGAUCUUCAUUCCAUUGAAUUAAACAUGGAUAAUAGUAGCUGGAGCUAUAAGUGGAGUUAUGUUUAUGGUAAUGAUACUCAAGAUGAUGCAAAGAGAGUCUCAGUUGAUAAAGGAUUUAAAGGGAGAAAAUCUAUUGAGAAAAUUCAAUGGGGAAGCAUUUGCCUGGAAAGAGGAACUUCUAAUGAUAAAGAUUGGAGCUACAAAGAACAUUCAGAUGAACUUGACAGGGAAAAAUUAGCAGAGAUUGUUUCGCAGACUCAAACACAAGAACUUACGGAUGAAAUCAAGAGAUACCGAUCAAUCAAAAGUCUUCGAGACCAUAUUUUAUCCGAUUCCAAGGUGGCAUCAUUUCAAAACUUUGCAAGUCCAACGCACCAAUGGGGCCAAUCCUUGCCUCAGCAGGAUCCUGGAAUUGAAGUUCUGGGAAGUCAGGGUGAUGCCUUGAAUCGCAAGCUAGUGGAAUCCUCAACAACUGAAUGCAGGAUUUCAACAAGCUGAAGACCAAAAUAUCUAUUUUUGAUCCUUGUUUUAACUUGUGCUUGUUUUGCAAAUUGCAAUUCCCUUUGUGUUGAUGAAUAUGUAAGCAAGAUGUAAAUAUAGUGAUUUCCAAAGCUAUAAGUUCUGCUAAACCUACUACAGAGCUUUUGCCAAGUUCUCAAGUUUUGAAGUAUGUAUUUAUUUUUGUUUUGCUUUCUGUAGAAGUAUUAGGAAAAUGUUGUCAAAGGAGAUUUAAACUCUUUACUUACA